AUGGACAGUCCCAAUCGUGAGCUGGAUGCGCAGCCCAGGCCACCUAAAGAACUACUGUGCCCACCCCUGGAGCACCAAGGCGCUUUCAGUAUCUGUCCGUCAGAACCACCCACGGAGCAAUGGCCGUCGCCCGAGGGGAUAUUGCCGCAAGACACCCUCCUUCAAGCUCUCGACGAACCCUUUCAACUGUUGGCUGAAGAAUCUAUGCGAUCAACUCAACCCAGCGCGCAGCAGGCUGCAGAGGCUUGGAGGCUUUACUCGACGCUAUGUGCAGCUUACAAUGCAAAAAAGGCAGAGAGCCAGCACCUUGAAAAUGAGAACGAGGCGCUUCGCAUCGCCAAUAUCAAUCUAGUUGAACAGCAAAGAGCGCUAGAGUGCCACCACACUGAUCAUGAGGCUUUGAUUACCUACUACGGGCAAAUAUUUGAUAAAGUGAGGGGGAAAUGGCGGGUGUCAUAA